CACUCGCCGCCUCCACCUUCUCUCCUCUCUCUCCGGAUCCUCUCCCCACGAGCACGAGAGAAGGCGCAGGUCCGGCUCGUCGAGGGGGACAAAUCUGGCCGGAUCCGCCUCAUCGGACGCCGGGAGGCCAGUCGAUCCACCACGCCGGCGCCUGGACGCCACCUCCGUCGGCACCCGCUUAGGGUUUUCUCCAGUGGCGUGAUCCACUGUCCGGCCUUCGUCAUGGACAAUGCCCCCAAAACCGUCACCAGUUUUGUGCGCUCAGUGCAGCUGGUCAAGGUCGACGGCUUCAGCUUGACGUGGAGCAUGGGCAAGGACGGUCACAUCAAAUCCAGAUGGAGCUUCGAUGGGUACGAUUGGGAAAUCCGUGUUUAUCCUGAUUGGAGCUCCGCUGUACUAGUGGAGCUUGCCUUUCUCAGCGAACCCCGCAGGGCCAGUGUGAAGCGUGCCUUUCUCAGAAAAGCUCGCAGGCCCAGUGUGAGGGUCGUUCUAGGCUGCCGGUUGGUCGAUCCGACGGGGAAGCUUGAGCCAUCCAUGGAAGUUAAUGAGCAGGGGGUGUUCCGCCGUCCCAAAGAAUGCAUCACUAAAGUCUUGAUCAAUAGAAGUUCGCUAGCAUCAUCAGGCUAUAUUAGGGGCAAUUCUUUUACUGUGCAAUGCACCAUUGACGUUCUCAAGGAAGUGCCGGCAACGGACCCGAUCAAAGAAGUGCCAGUGCCAUCCUCAAACUUGCACCAACACCUCGCUGAACUCCUGCAGAGCAAGACGGGGGCAGAUGUCACUUUUCUUGUGUCUGGCAAGUCUUUUACUGCUCAUAAGAACAUACUGGCUGCAAGAUCUCCUGUUUUCAUGGCCGAGUUCUUUGGAGACAUGAAGGAGAAGUGUGCGGGGCAUGUGGAGAUCAAGGACAUGCAAGCUGUGGUAUUCAAGGCGCUACUUCACUUCAUCUACACUGAUACUGUGCCUGAAUUCGAUGAGACGGGCAAGGAGGUGAUGGUGUUAGCUCAGCACUUGCUUGCAGCUGCUGAUAGGUACAGACUGGACAGGCUCAAGGUGAUCUGUGAAAGCGAGCUCUCUGGUGGCAUCAGUGUUGACACGGCAGCGACAUCUCUGGCUCUAGCCGAGCAGCAUAAUUGUCCACAGCUCAAGGCGAAGUGCGUCCAGUUCAUCAUUAGGAAUCGUGAGGUUCUUGAUGCUGUGCUGGCGACGGAGGGGUACAAGUAUCUGGCGGCAAGCUACCCUGCAGUGUUGUCUGACCUUCUCAAGUCAAGUCUAAGUGUGGGAGAAAGCACAAGCACUGAUGCAUAUAGUUAGGUGCUGCUAGUGGUCCAAAAUUCAGUGAUGUGUAGUUUCUGUUUGUGCGUGCCAUGUAUGUGGUAUGCUUAUCUAGUUAAGCUAUGUCAUGUCUUAACAAUGAACCAAAGCUCGGGUAGGCUAGUCUCUGGUUGUGUCA